GAGGCGGGCGGAGCUGCUGGAGCUGGGGCAGCCCGCCCAGCCGGGGAGCGGGGAUGGGCGCUUGAAAGGGGAGCCUGUGGCCGGAGGAGGGAGAGCGGGACAAGUGGCUGGGGUGAGCGUGCCCCGCUGGCGCAGGCUUCCCGGCAGGGACCUUUGUGGCGCGGCUCAGCCCGGCGGGAGAGCGGCCAGCAUGGAGCCCGUUACCAAGUGGAGCCCAAAGCAAGUCGUGGACUGGACCAAAGAGCCAUGUAUAAUGCUGUCAGCAAUGCCGCUUUGUGGUGUUGGUUAUGAGGCAAGCCCAGGCAGUCUAUGCAGUGCAGGCUUGGAUGAUUGCCUGCAGCAGUAUGUCCCCAAAUUUGAACGGGAGAAGAUAAAUGGUGAACAGCUGUUACAGAUUUCACAUCAAGAUCUUGAAGAGUUGGGUAUCUCACGAAUUGGACACCAGGAACUGGUUCUGGAGGCGGUGGAUCUUCUCUGUGCACUGAAUUAUGGCCUUGAAACAGACAAUAUGAAGAACUUGGUUCUCAAACUGCGAUCUUCUUCCAACAACCUGCAGAAUUACAUCAGCAGCCGGAGGAAAAAUUCGAAUUAUGAUGGAAAAACCUCACACAAACCCCCCAAUGAAUUCCUCACCUCAGUGGUGGAGCUCAUUGGCGCUGCUAAGGCCUUGCUAGCAUGGUUGGACAGGGCCCCAUUUACAGGGAUUGCUGACUUUUCAGCGACAAAGAACAGAAUCAUUCAGCUCUGCUUGGAUCUCACUACCACAGUUCAGAAGGAUUGCACUGUGGCUGAAAUGGAAGAUAAAGUUCUACAUGUAUCCAAGAUUUUAAAUGGAAUUUGUGACAAGAUGAUCAGAUCAACUACAGAUCCGUUGAUGAGCCAGAGUGCAUGUCUGGAGGAGGUUCAUUUAACCAACAUUAAACCUGGGGAAGGCCUGGGAAUGUAUAUCAAAUCAACUUAUGAUGGAUUGCAUGUAAUUACUGGAACUACAGAAAAUUCCCCCGCUGAUCGAUCUCAAAAGAUUCAUGCUGGUGAUGAGGUGAUCCAGGUUAAUCAUCAGACUGUAGUGGGAUGGCAACUAAAAAACCUUGUGGGAAAGUUGCGAGAGAAUCCUGCUGGAGUUAAACUGCUACUUAAGAAACGUCCUACAGGCUCUUUUAAUUUUACUCCGGCCCCACUGAAGAACCUACGCUGGAAACCACCGCUUGUACAGACCAGUCCUCCACCAACUACAACUCAGUCACCAGAAAGCACCAUGGAUACCUCGAUGAAGAAAGAGAAGCCAGCCAUCCUGGACCUCUAUAUACCUCCACCACCAGCUGUUCCAUAUUCUCCUCGAAACUCUAAGAGAAUCAUACUUUGGGAUGAGAAGGAGUGUCUCGUUUAUGGAGGAGGUAAUAAACCUAAGCAGCCAUUACCUGGCUCCAAGGGCGCAGAGUCUCCUAAUUCUUUCCUCGAUCAGGAAAGCCGAAGGCGAAGGUUUACUAUUGCUGAUUCUGAUCAGUUGCCUGGAUAUCCCAUGGAAGCAAAUAUACUGCCAACAAAGAUGAGAGAAAAAACACAGUCUUAUGGAAAACCUCGCCCUCUGUCAAUGCCUGCAGAUGGGAGCUGGCUGGGAGCUGCAGAUCCUUUCUUGAGGCCCCGAGCACAAGGAAGAAAAGGUGAAGAUGUCCUCUGCAGGUACUUCAGUAAUGAGAGGAUACCCCCAAUCAUUGAAGAAAGUUCCUCCUCGCAGCAGCAUUUUGCAAGGCCAGUGGCUGACAGGCAGUUAGUGAGGGGCGCAGACUACAUUAGAGGCAGCAGGUGCUUUGUGAAUACAGAUCUUCAUAACAGUGCAACCAUCCCUUUCCAGGAGGAAGGAGCUAAAAAACUCUCUGUUACAUCACCCACAAAAUCUUCCUCCACAGAGCCCUCACUACUGGUCAGUUGGAUCACAAGACUUAAACUGUUGACUCACUGAUCGUUUAAUGGAAUGUGUUCUCAUCUUCUGUUACCAAGUGCCUUUGUUUCUCAGUCAGACUUCUUGCUUUUCAGCUACAGUAUUACAUAGUGACUGGUGUGUUGAUCUAUUCCUGGAGAGUUGUACACACCUGCCCUUUUUUGUGUGUGAUUUUUUGAUGGCUCUAAUGUACUGGAACAGAGAGGAUUGGAUAACGUGAGAUGGAAGUGGGAUAAAGAUCUAGUUUCUUUUUCCUGCCCCAAAGUUGAGGGAAUUCAUUCCUCUGGAAACAAGUAAGGCUCCAAUGAAUCAGAGGUCACGUCUGAUCUGAAAUCCGUAUGACCUGUGCAGAAGCAAUCGUUGCAUUACAAUGAGGUCCAGUGGCACUUCAUUUGCUAAAAUGCUCUGAUGCUGCGCAACCUACUGGGUUGCCGAAAACGUAGGGCUCAGCAAAAAUCCAGAGCUGUUCUCCUGACCAGAAAGGCAAGAGGGGAAACAUCUAUUUUGUAUAAUAAUGUGGGGUUGUGGCAAGUACUGCUGCAGCUUUAACUUUGUAAGGAAUAAAGGUAGCUUCUUCUCUGUGAUAACCAGAGAACUGUGUUAGGAAUAUAUUAAACCUGGUUUAUAAUCCAGUUAUUGAGAUCUCAGUACAGGCAAACUAGUGUUCUCUGACUUGCUGCAGUGCUCAUCCAUAAAGAUGUGGAUUGCUACAACAUGCCAAGGAAGUGCAUCUCUAGAGGUGGUAAAAGAAAUGAUUUCUUUCCUUCAUUGUUUAAGAAUGAUUUGCUGUUAACCAAAGUAUCCAUAUAAAAACAAACCCUGCUGGUUUUAUGGAACCUCUACAGUGGUUCAAUUUUUGAACGGAUAGAUCUGUGUUUUCAGAAAGAAAAAUAUGCUGUGAUACAUUACAGUAGUAAGACACCUGGCUAUUUUUAAAUGUAGCUCCAGUUUUUCACCUUUAAAAGUCUCAAGCAGCAGCUGGUUUUUGGGAAGGGGGAAAAAGCUUGUAAAAUUAUGGUUAUUAAAGAAUCUUUGUUUAAAACUGAAUGUACAAGAGGUUGUUAGUAUGCAAAAAAGUGUUUAAUUUAAGUGUUAAAUAUAGCUGUAUAUUUUUUUUAUUCUUAACCAGAUGUAGUUUGUACAUUCCUAUCUACAGCACUGUGCACUAAUUAACCAGUGCCAAAAAACAAAUACUGUCAUGUUCUCCAUUCCAUCAACUGCCAAAUGCUGCAUUGGGUGAUCUUGCAGUAAUGACAGUCUCCUGUGUUCCAUCUACAUUAAAGAAAAGAAAAACAGUUUAACAGUUUUUAAA